AUGAGCACUUCUGAGACAGUUCCUACAACAGUACCUCCUACUUCUGACAGCAGUAAGGCAAUCACUCCAGGAUUGAAUGAAUCUGAAUCCAAAAAUACUGGAUCACCUUCAGUGACAACUGUUGGGAGGAUAUCUUCUGUUGGGGUGACAGUGACAACGUCCCUAAACACGUCAGCAGGGAAACCUGUGUCUGCAGUCACAACUUCUUCCUCCCUUGAGAUGACAACUAGAAACUCUUCAGAGAAGUCCACUGGAACAAGUGCAGGUUCUACUCCCAGUGAGACCUCCAUAGGUCCAUCAACCCCGUCAUCAUCAGCUACUAAUGGUUUGGAUAGCACAGGCCCUACUGCUAGUGAUACCUCAAUAGGUUCAUCAACCAAGUCACCAUCAACUUCUGUGGCUGUGGAGAGCACAGGUUCUACUCCCAGUGAGACCUCCAUAGGUCCAUCAACCCCACCAUCAUCAGCUACUAAUGGUUUGGAUAGCACAGGCCCUACUGCUAGUGAUACCUCAAUAGGUUCAACAACCAAGUCACCAUCAACUUCUGUGGCUGCAGAGAGCACAGUGAACCCAUGCAGUAAUGUCAAAUGUGUCAAUGGUGGUACCUGUGAUAGUGGGGUGUGUAAAUGUGCAACUGGAUUUACAGGUGUAGACUGCUCUACAGAAAUUGAUGAAUGUAAAAGCAACCCUUGUGAGGAUCCAUUGGCAUAUUGUAAAAACACCAUUGGAGGCCAUGAAUGUCUAUGUCUGCCUGCUUACUUUAAGGAGAAUGAUACAGAUGUGUGCAAGAAACCAAAGCAGCAGUUAAAGGCAGAGUUAACAUUUGAGAAAAUAACAGUCGGAAACACACCAGUUAACUCUGCUCUCAUUUUUGGAGAUCCAAACUCUCCAGAUGCUAAAUAUUACAAAACAGAAGUCAUUAAAAAUGUCGAGAUUCAACUAAAACAGACAUUUGUGGGAAAUGACAGUAUAUCUGCUGUGAAAGUGACAAAUUUGAGACAAGGCAGUUUGAUUGUGGACUUCAUUCUGUACUUUGUCAAUCAAACAAGUAAUGCCACAGAAUUCAGUAAAAAAUUGCAAGAGAUAAUUAAAGAUAUAACCAAUUGUACAGAUGGUAAUGCAUCUUGUACCUUUGGCAAUAUUACUGGAUUUUUGUUGGAUUCACUGAAAACAAGAGAUGUGAAUUUUUGCAAAGAUUAUUUACCAUGUGAUCUAGAGACAACCACAUGCAGUGGAAAUAUUACAGCUGGCAAUUACUUUUGCAACUGUAAGCCUGGAUUUGAGAGGUACCCUGGGGAACAAAGGAUAAUUGGUGCAUGUAAAGACAUAGAUGAGUGCAAAACAGAAAAACACACAUGUGGAAAACUCAAAUGUAUCAACACCGCAGGCAGCUACCAGUGUGAGUGUAAAUAUGGCGAAAACAGAGAUCCAGAUUCUGGCAAUUGUAAAGAUGUUUGCAGCGGGGUUACGUGUAAUGACAAGGGAACCUGUGAGCGUGAUGAAAGUUCUUUCUUCUGCAGGUGUCAGCAUGGACACACGGGGAGGGAAUGUGAGGCUACAGACAGUCAGGCACAGA